GCGGGUCCUGCGGCACCGCCCGGGAAGCUGCGCGAGGCCGCCGCCGCCGCCACAUCCCCCUCCUCCUCCUCCUCCGGGUCCCCAGCGGGUGGAGCCGAGCCAGGGCCGCGAGGGCUCCGAGCCAUGGCGCACCAGACCGGCAUCCACGCCACUGAAGAGCUGAAGGAAUUCUUUGCCAAGGCCCGAGCUGGCUCUGUCCGGCUCAUCAAAGUCGUCAUUGAAGACGAGCAGCUCGUGCUGGGCGCCUCACGGGAGCCAGUGGACUGCUGGGGCAAGGACUACGAUCGCGCCGUGUUACCCCUGCUGGAUCCCCAGCAGCCCUGCUACCUGCUCUACCGCCUGGACUCCAAGAAUGCCCAGGGCUUCGAGUGGCUGUUCCUCGCCUGGUCACCUGAUAACUCCCCUGUGCGGCUGAAGAUGUUGUAUGCAGCCACGCGGGCCACAGUGAAGAAGGAGUUUGGGGGUGGCCACAUCAAGGACGAGCUCUUCGGGACUGUGAAGGACGACCUCUCGUUUGCCGGGUACCAGAAGCACCUGUCGUCCUGUGCGGCUCCCGCUCCUCUGACCUCGGCUGAGCGAGAGCUCCAGCAGAUUCGGAUUAACGAGGUGAAGACCGAGAUCAGUGUGGAGAGCAAGCACCAGACUCUGCAGGGCCUCGCCUUCCCCCUGCAGCCGGAUGCCCAGCAGGCCCUCCAGCAGCUCAGGCAGAAGGCCAUCAACUAUAUCCAGCUGAAACUGGACCUGGAGCGGGAGACAAUUGAGCUGGUACACACUCAGCCCACAGACGUGGCCCAGCUGCCCUCGAGGGUGCCCCGAGACACCGCCCGCUACCACUUCUUCCUCUACAGGCACACCCACCAGGGUGACCGCCUUGAAUCUGUGGUGUUCAUCUACUCCAUGCCGGGCUACAAGUGCAGCAUCAAGGAGCGCAUGCUCUACUCCAGCUGUAAGAGCCGCCUCCUGGACUCUGUGGAGCAGGACUUCCAGCUGGAGGUCGCCAAGAAGGUGGGUCCGCUUCCCCCAGGGCCCUGUCCGUGCAUCCCGCACCCCCUGCCUCUCCUGGUGCAGCUGGCACAGCUGGCCGUGGCCCUGGCGCUGGGCACCCUGCCUGCCUUCCUGCCCUGUGAGCUGCAGAGCAGUGGCCUGGUCAACUGUGACUGGCUCUUCCUCACGUCCGUGCCCCACUUCUCGGCGGAGGCUUCGGCCCGGGGCAACAUCAGCCGACUGUCCUUGGCCUCCAAUCGCAUCCACCACCUGCACGACUCCGACUUCAUCCACCUGUCCAACCUCCGGCACCUGGACCUCAAGUGGAACUGCCCGCCCAGGGGCCUCAGCCCCAUGCACUUCCCCUGCCUCAUGACCAUCCAGCCCAAGACCUUCCUGGCCCUGGCUGCCCUGGAGGAACUGAACCUGAGCUACAACGGCCUCACCACGGUGCCCGCCCUGCCCAGCUCCCUGCUGUCCCUGUCCCUGAGCCGCACCAACAUCCUGGCCCUCGACCCCACCCACCUGGCCGGCCUGCACGCCCUGCACUCCCUGUUCAUGGACGGCAACUGCUACUACAAGAACCCCUGUGGCCGGGCUGUGCACGUGGCCCCCGGCGCCCUCCUCGGCCUGGGCAACCUCACCCGUCUGUCGCUCAAGUACAACAACCUCACGGCCGUGCCCCGCGGCCUGCCCCGCAGCCUGGAGACUCUGCUGCUGUCCUAUAACCGCAUCGUCACCCUGGGGCCCGAGGACCUGGCCAACUUGACCGCCCUGAGGGUGCUGGACGUGGGUGGGAACUGCCGUCGCUGUGACCACGCCCCCAACCCCUGCGUGGAGUGUCCCAAGGGUUUCCCCCAGCUGCACCCCGACACCUUCAGCCACCUGAGCCACCUGGAGGGCCUGGUGUUGAAGGACAGUUCCCUCUUCACGCUGAGAAACAGUUGGUUCCGUGGCUUGGACAACCUGGUGACUCUGGACCUGAGUGAGAACUUCCUAUACAACUGCAUCACCUCCACCACGGCCUUCCGGAACAUGAGCCGUCUGCGGAAGCUCAACCUGUCCUUCAACUACCACAAGAAGGUGUCCUACGCCCACCUGCGCCUGGCCCCCUCUUUCCGGAACCUGGUCUCCCUGCAGGAGCUGGACCUGCACGGCAUCUUCUUCCGAUCGCUGAGCUGGACGACGCUGCAGUCGCUGUACAAACUGCCGCGGCUGCGGAGGCUGCACCUGCAGAUGAACUUCAUCAACCAGGCCCAGCUCAACAUCUUCGGGAACUUCUCGGGCCUGAGCUUCGUCGACCUGUCCAACAACCGCAUCAGCAGCGCCGUGAAUCCGGCGGCCGCCGUCGGGAGCGAGGCGGCGGACAACGACGACCACGACGACGGGGAGGCCUCCUGGCCGCCCCCCGGGGACCUGGCUCCCAGCCUGCUGUCCGCCCCGGGCUCCGAGCCCUUCACGCUGGGCUGUCGGAACCACAGCCUGACCCUGGACCUGUCUCGCAACAACCUGGCGACCGUCCGGCCCGAGAUGUUCGAGCGGCUCCCGCACCUGCGCUGCCUGGGCCUGAGCUGGAACUUCAUCUCGCAGGUCAACGGCUCGCAGUUCACGCCCCUGACCAGCCUGCGGGUGCUGGACCUGUCCCACAACAAACUGGACCUCUACCACAACCGCUCGUUCACCGAGCUGCCGCGGCUGGAGGCCCUGGACCUCAGUUACAACAGCCAGCCCUUCAGCAUGCAGGGCGUGGGACACAACCUCAGCUUCGUGGCCCAGCUGCCCGCCCUGCGCUAUCUCAGCCUGGCGCACAACGCCAUCCACAGCCGUGUGAACCAGCGUCUCUGCAGCCUCUCGCUGCGGGCCCUGGACUUCAGCGGCAACGACCUGAACCGCAUGUGGGCCGAGGGGGAGCUCUACCUCUACUUCUUCCAGGGCCUGAGCUCCCUCGUCCGGCUGGACCUGUCCCAGAACCGCCUGCACACCCUCCUGGCCCGCAACCUGGACAACCUCCCCAAGAGCCUGGAGUCGCUGCAGCUCCGAAACAACUUCCUGGCCUUCUUCAACUGGAGCAGCCUGGCUCUGCUGCCCAGCCUCCAGGCCCUGGACCUGGCGGGGAACCAGCUGAAGGCCCUGACCAACGGCAGCCUGCCCGCCGGCACCCGGCUCCGGAGACUGGACCUCAGCGGCAACAGCAUCGCUUCCGUGGACCUCGCCUUCUUCACCCGGGCCACGCAGCUGCGGGAGCUCAACCUCAGCCGCAACCACCUCAGGACGCUGGAGGCCUCCUGGUUCGGUUCCCUGGCCGCCGAUCUGAAGGUCCUGGACGUGAGCGCCAACCCGCUGCACUGCGCCUGCGGGGCGGCCUUCGUGGACUUCUUGCUGGACGUGCAGGCCGUGGUGCCGGGCCUGCCCAGCCGCGUCAAGUGCGGCAGCCCCGGCCAGCUGCAGGGCCGCAGCAUCUUCACGCAGGACCUGCGCCUGUGUCUGGACGAGGCCCUGUCCUGGGACUGCUUCGGCUUCUCGCUGCUGGCCGCCGCCCUGGGGCUGGCCAUGCCCCUGCUGCACCACCGCUGCGGCUGGGACCUCUGGUACUGCUUCCACCUGUGCCUGGCGCGGCUGCCGGGCAGGGGCCGCCGGAGGGGCGCGGACGCCCCGCCUUACGACGCCUUCGUGGUCUUCGACAAGGCGCAGGGCGCCGUGGCCGACUGGGUGUACAACGAGCUGCGGGUGCGGCUGGAGGAGCGCCGGGGCCGCCGGGCGCUGCGGCUGUGCCUGGAGGAGCGGGACUGGCUGCCCGGCAAGACGCACUUCGAGAACCUGUGGGACUCCGUCUACAGCAGCCGCAAGACGCUGUUCGUGCUGGCCCACACCGACCGCGUCAGCGGGCUCCUGCGGGCCAGCUUCCUCCUGGCCCAGCAGCGGCUGCUGGAGGACCGCAAGGACGUGGUGGUGCUGGUGAUCCUGCGCCCCGACGCCUACCGCUCCCGCUACGUGCGGCUGCGCCAGCGCCUCUGCCGCCAGAGCGUCCUCCUGUGGCCUCACCGGCCCGGCGGCCAGGGCAGCUUCUGGGCCCAGCUGGGCACGGCCCUGACGAGGGACAACCGCCACUUCUACAACCGGAACUUCUGCCGGGGCCCCACCACGGCCUGACGGCCCGGCCAUCUCCCCCCCCCCCCCC